UUUCUAGGAUGGACAAAGCAUCCAUUCAGCUGGUGUACAAUUAGAGGGCGUCAGUUUUUGAGUGGACAAAGAGGUGUGGUGCAAAACUUCACGCAGUGCGCUGAGCAAUGUGAACAAACCCCGGGUUGCAAGGCGAUUGAAUUGUGGCAUAAUUACAACUGGAACUGUUACUGGUGCAAGAGAACAGAUUUGAUCGAACCUUACACCAAUACACGUGAUCUCGCCUACCCUGCACAUGUGUGGGUACAAAGUAAGUGACGUAUUUCAUUAUUAUUAUUAUUAUUAUUAUUUUUAAUAACAAAAGGAAAAAUCUUCAUUAACAUAUGACCAAUUUGCAUUCCACUGUAAUAGACUAAAAUUUUGAUGAAAUAAAAAUACUAAAAGAUCCUAAACACUAAUUUACAAGCUCAUGCCAUUAUCGACUUUCUAAAAUUAGCGGACACACGAUUGGCUAGCUUUUAAGCGGCAGUCAUAAUAUGACCAAUUUACAUUCCACUAUCAUAGACCAAGAGAGAAUGAGAUCAUUCUCUCUUGCAUAGACUAAAAUUUUGAUGAAUUAAAAAUAUUACUAGUAGUAGUUGACACUACAACUGCCCCCGCUCUGUAUAUAGUAUUCUUCCUCCUUGUGUAGCUCUUUGAAAUAUACCGAUUCAUAAUGAAGAUGUUCACACAUAUUCCAUAAGGUGAGAUAAAUACAGGAAAUAUACGCAAGGUUCCAUGCACAGUUUCGGUUCGAUUUACACAGCUUUGAUCAAAACAUUCUCAGUCUCGAGAAUAGUUUAUUCUAAACCAUAAGAAAAGAUUUAAUUAGAAGUUUAAUUUUUCUCUAUUUCUAUUUCACUUUUUACAAUUAGUUCAUUUCAUUUGCCGGAAAGUAAACCUUAGAAAUUAAAAGGACGUUUGAUCAAUUCACGCUCGCGCAUUCUAGUCUUAUUUUAAACUUUAUAGCGGAAGGACAUCUGUGAGCAGGGAAUACGUCAGCACAGAAUUUGAUGGUCGGCGAAUUUCUAUAAUCGUCCAUCGUUCUGUUAGUGAUAAGCUAGCCGUUGAAUCAUUCACUCGUCUUGCUUGUUUUGGGACGAGUCUUACUCCGGUCAAAGAGAGAGAAAGAGUGUCUGACAAGGUUCAACUGAAGGUUUCCAAUCAAAGAUUUGUGAACUCGUGUCUAGCAAACUUACUUAGUGUUAAAAUACACACUGUUCUACGCACCUUAUAACUUCAUCUGCGCUUAACGAGUGUUGUUUGGUCCAUAACUUUCAUAACAACUGCUCCACAGAAAGUCACUGAUAACAGGUAACGCAAAAGAGUAUCGAAAUAUGACUGCACAAUUAAUGUCACAAAAUCUACCUAUUGUAAGAUGUUCCUACGGGAUUUUUUGUGUUUCAUGUCAUCCUAACCAUUUCGUAUUGUGGGCGCAAACAAUAGAAACGUCAUCAUUACCUACCGAUUCCUCGCGGCCCCUGUUCAUGCAAAUCGAGAUUUUUUCUAAAUUGACUGUAUGUCUGUAUAUUUCAACUGUAAGUACUUUCCUUAAUAUACGCGCGAGUUACUAGAGUGCCUCCUCGGGAUUUCGCCUUCUGGUCGAAUCUCUGCGGCGCAAAAAAGACUCUAAAAUACUAAUUUACAAGCUCACGCCAUUAUCACUUUCUAAAAUUAGCGGACUCACGCUUGGCUAACAUUUAAGCGACAGUCAUCAAUGAAAUCCCCUUCUGGAAUUUUGUGGAAGGGUGUCCUAGAACCUCUUACGCAUGUGUGUACCGACCUUAAAAUCUCAAAAGAAAGCAAUGUUCUAAUCCAAGUAAUAGCUAGUAAUGUGAUAAGAUUCCUCAUUCUUUUCUGAGAGCUUCUCGGCUAGGCAUUUGAGAGAGCAUUCGUAGUCGGCUCCCUUCCCACCGUUGGUUCCAAAAACUAGGGGAAUGAAAGAUCCCAUUUCCACUUCCAGCACCCUCUCUUGGUACUUCCGCUUUUUCUCCUCCUCCAGCUCCUUAAAGAUUGUGGAUGUUGCUUUUCCCUGGUUACACUUGGAGUUAACAUGUGUUACUCUGACAUCAAAAAAUGCUGUAAUUCCACGAGACCAAAAGCUUAUUAUUAUUAUUAUUAUUAUUAUUAUCAAGAUUGUAUUUGUUAUUACUAUUAUUAUUAUUAUUAUCAUUAUUAUUUUCAAUUUGAGAAGAGUUCAGAAAAAUAUGUUUUUUUUUUGUAAAAAAAAAUUAGUAUGUUUAAUUAAAUGGUGACGAGUGAAAUUAGGGAAUAAUUUCACGCGCGUUUUGUCCAAAUCCUUGUAAUUUCCCGAACCUUUAGGCGAGGGAAAUUAUUAGGAUGUGGACAAAACGCAAGGGAAAUUAUUCCCUAAUUUCACGAGUAUGCCAUUUGAUUACCUAUUAAUAUCAUGGGUGACGAAUUACGUUAGCAUUCUUGGAUUUUUGACAUGUUUGUCCUGGAUCAUAUCGAUCGAGAACUCCACUCUCUCAAAUGUUUAGACCUUAAAUUUGGCUUGUAAAGAUCAGAAUUUUUCAGACUUUUCGGCAAAAUACCUUUUAGAGUCCUUCUUGAUGUUGUCUUGUGUGUUCAGGUUUUCUUUUUGUGCCCUGACAUCUUGAUUCACGGCAUUUUAAAACUUCGUCGCCAUCUUGACACUGAGACGUACGGAAGGUUGCCAUGCAAUUUUGUAAUUUCACAUGUGAAAUUACAAAUUUUCGCUGAAAUUUCGCGCCAAAAUUAAGGAGUAAUUCGUCACCUAUGAUAUUAUUAUUAUUAUUAUUAUCAUUAUAAGUUUAUUUGUAAUCCACUACUUUUAAUCUUUUCAUAAACCUCGUGGAGUUUUCUAUUCCGGCAUUUCAAAUUUUCAAGCUCCGUAGAUCGAAUAGAUUGUAAUCGGAAAGGUAUUAUUAGAGGUUGUAAUCAUCCGUUGUGAACUUUUAAAUUGUUUGACAGUUUGAUUUGUUUAUGACUAUGAUUAUUGUUUAUUGUAGACUCUGAACCCACAACUGGUCCAGGUAAGAUUUGUUAAACUAAUUGGUUCCCAGGAAUCGCUUAUUACUGUAUUUUGAAUGUGCUUAUAAUCUAAUACUUGUAAUCGCGCUUGAUCCUCUAAUAAAAGUACGUAAGAAAAAGUAUUGUUUGGAUAAUUAUAAGGACCCGUGUGUUUUUAUGUUUUUUAGUUUCUGUAUACACGACAUAUCUAGCGGAAAGUAAAUGCUACUGAAUUUGGUAUCUUUUCUGUCCUGGAAAACUAUUAUUCCCUUGAUCAUUUCAGCUAAGUAGUUUAGAUGGAUAGAACUGCCAUAAUUUUUUUUUUCUGGGUCUGUUUUAGUAACCGAACCGACUACAAUCCCAUCUCCUCCGGGUAAGUUUUUCAUAGUUAUUUUAUUUCUUACCUUAUCUUACCUUACCUUACCUUCAUAUAUGUAAAACAACAGUGAUAUAUAAAUCACUUCAAUUCAUAGUAAUCUUAAACUAUGGUCUAAUUUCUGCAGAAGUCAAUGUCACUUGUGAUCAGAACGAGAUGUCGAUCAGCAUACCAAAAUAUCUUCUUCACGGAUUGGACAGAGAGCAUCUCCGCCUUAGUGACGUGAGCUGCGAAGCCAUGGAAACCAGAACUCACUUCAUUCUUCGCACAAAGCUCACUGGAUGCCACACAGUUAUCAGACACACCCAGAAUUUCGUCAGCUACAUGAACAAGGUGGAGGAGAUUCCCAUCAAGCCAGGCCAGAUCAUCACACGAGUUCGGGAAGUGGAAAUCCCUUUCGCUUGUUACUACUCAAACACAGGAGUGGUAUCCGCCGUUGGCCUUGAAGUCAAGAGCAAGAAAAUCAUUUUCUCCAAGAAGGGAUAUGGAAAAUUCGUGUUGGAUAUGAAUAUUUACCCAACUCCUAGCUUUAGUCUUGAGUACAAGAAAAAAGAUUUCCCAAUAGUCGUGCCUCUAAGGAAAUUGCUGUACGUGAAAGUCAGUGUUGAUUCAGAUGACCGCAGGCUGGAUAUCUUGGCAGUAGAUUGCUGGGCCACACCAAACGCUAAUCCCUUAAGUCCUGGAUUAAGAUACGAAUUUAUCAAAGACGGGUAAACAGUUCACUUUAUUUUGUACUUUAAUUUGUUAAGAAAAUUUAAAUGCUAAAGAUAUGUUUGUAAUGGAAAUUACACUUAACUCAUCCAGAUAGUUUACAGUCACUCCACUCAAAUAAUUCCAAAUAAAGCAUAAGAGGAUUAGAAACCCCAACUGGUAGGAGUAACCACCUCCAGUUGGCUAUUAACUAGCGUGGCCGUAGAUUUUUUCUCGGAACAACCAUGAACAAAUCCAGCUAGCUAGGGCGAUUGCAAGUCCGGCGCUCAAACCACUCGGUCACGCUUCCUCCCUACUUCGCAAAGACCACUUGCCAACACCAGCAUUAGGUUUCCAUUUUACAGAUGAAAGUUCAUCUUUUCUUUAUAUCUUUCUCCUUCAGAUGCCCAAUUGAUGAUACUGUGAUGGACAUUCCAACAGCAGACAAGCGUAUGCAAAAAUUCAAACUUGAAGCCUUCAGCUUUAUUGGUGACCAUCAGUUCGUGUACAUGCAUUGCAAGGUCUUGAUCUGUAACGCAUCAGAUCCCAACUCACGUUGUGCGCAGGGCUGCGUUAAUCGAGCAAAGAGGUCCCUGAUGACUCAAGGAUCCAGAAACGAGGAGGUACACUUGUCUCAGGGACCAUUCAUGCGUGGAGAUGAUGAAAAAGAUAAAGAAGAAACUAAACUGGAGGAAACGGAGAAAGACAUGCGAGAUGUGGAAAAAAGUGGUAAGUUUAACACUAACCUUAUCAUUGGUGGUUUAUACCAUGUGGUUUGGUUUAUUGUUUGUCUAACAGUUAUUUAACAAUUAAUGAAUGAGGCUGAGUAUCUUAUGAAGAAUUAUGGAGAUCGAGGAGAGUGUUAUCCGUCGAAGCCGUAGGCUGAGGCGGAUAACACCCUCCGAGAUCUCAAUAAUUCUUCAUAUGAUACGAAAGCCGAAUUCAAUAAUUGUUUUAUUAUUCAUUCAAAAUAAUUCAUAAUUUAAAAACAAAGCUAAAACAUGCUUACCUCCAUCAGGAGCCGAUUACCUCCAUCGAUGUUAAGAGCACCUUCGAUAGUACACGUUUAGGGUCAUUCAGCUCCGCAAAUGUUCUCCAAAUAGCAGAUGUCGCCCUUCGAGUUGUGUUCUUGCUGUUCUUGCCAUGUUUGUAGCUAUAAUUUCGCCUAGUUCUUACUCUUGAAACGAGUGAAAUGUCCGCCAUUUUUUGUUUUCACAACCAAAACAACUCAAACUCGUCCCCAGGUCUUCUCGGUUAACGGUGCCUUAACCUGCGAGAACGCUGCAUUUUUGACGUCAUUUCCUCGUUAAACACAAUUUUUUUCCAAAUUUGGUCAUCAGUAAUUGCGGUUAUGGUGAAUUAUGCGUGUGCUUUUAGCCAAUCAGAAUCGGGGAAAUACUUUGAAUGUGGCGACUGGCAGCAGAUGAGUUGCAUAAACAGCCCCGGCCCUCCUGUUUAUAAUUAUCUCAAAUAAGAACCAGCAAUACGUGGGAGAUACGUAACUAUCGCCGAAGUAAUUGGUUGGUAGUCCGGCCCAGUUUUUAACUCAAUAUCCCGAUGAGUCUACAGCACUGAGCAUACUCUCUGGGCUGAGUUUCCCAAAUUAAAAGGGGAUUGUUACAGAUUUAAAAAAUCGACUGUAAAUCUCUCCUCCAUAAAAAAAAAAUGAAUUUACAAUAUUGUAUUUUGCAGGUAUGUUUCCCACCCUGGUCGCUGCCAUGGCUGUGGUUGCUGCCGUUUGCGUCAUGGGUGUGUCUUAUUUCGCCUGGAACAGUAGGAAGCAAAGGGCUGUGCGUGAUUACCAACUACUCACUGUUGCCGCUGAAGACUGA